AUGCAGCUCCUGGCCUGCCUGGGCAUCAUGCUGGGCGUUUUGGAAGGAGCGAGUGGCCUGUGUCCCUCACAGUGCUCCUGCGAUACCCUCGGCACGGAUGACGGCAUGGAGUCCAGGGUGGUGGUGCUGUGCGAGGACCCCGACAUGACCGAGGUGCCCCGCAGCGUCCCCGCGGACACGGAGAAGCUCCGCAUCGAGAGGGCGGCGCUCCGCAGCGUCCCCGCCGAGGCCUUCUACGCGCUGCCCGAGCUCCGCUGGCUCUGGGUGACCUACAGCGCCGUGGCCAGCCUGGACGCGCGCAGCCUCUACAACCUGCGGCGCCUGCACGAGCUGCGGCUGGACGGCAACGGGCUGGCGGCCUUCCCGUGGGCAGCCCUGCGGGACACGCCCCGCCUGCGCAGCCUGGUCCUGCACAACAACAGGAUCCGCAGCGUGCCCGCCGCCGCGGGGCCCCUCCUCGGGCGCCUCGCCUACCUGGACCUGUCUGGCAACGGGCUGGCCACGCUGCCGCCGGACUUCCUGGACAGCUGGCCCCACGUGGUCCCCGCGCCCGGGAGCCAGGAGGCCGCCUCCCCCGCGAGAGUCGUUCUUGGUCUUCAGGACAACCCCUGGCGGUGUGACUGCCACAUCUCCAGACUCAUCGAGCUGUCCAGGGCCCCGGCCCCGGCCCUGGUGCUGCUGGACCCCCUGCUGACAUGCCACGGGCCCGAGCGCCUGGCCGGGAUCCCGUUCGGGCGCGCCGAGCUGGAGCGGUGUGUGAAGCCGUCCGUGAAGGUCUCGGCCACGCAUAUCACGUCGGUGCCGGGCAGCAACGUCCUGCUUCGGUGCGACGCCACUGGCUUCCCCACCCCGAGGCUCGCCUGGACCCGAGCCGACGGCUCGCCCGUCAACCACACAGCCAUCCAGGAGUCCCCGGCCGAAGGUGUCCGCUGGUCUGUCAUCAGCGUGGCGGGCGUCUCGCACUCGGACGCUGGGGGUUACAGGUGUCGGGCCAAGAACCCGGCUGGCACGGCGGACGCCGUGGUGGCUGUGAUGGUGGUGGGUCCCAGCACGGCCGCGCCGUCUGCAGACACGCGGGAGCGGACGGGAGGCGGCCCCCAGCCGGAGGCCCAGCCCGAGUGGCCGUCCACCACGGCGCUGAGCCCAGGCGGGCAGAGGCAGCCGGCGGCGGGGCUGGGCGGAAGGACGCAUGCCCUGGCCAGUCCCCGUGGGGUGGGCGAGCUGGUGUCCCUGGAUGGGGCCCCGCCCACAGUCAUCAUCGCUGCCGGGAUAGAAAACCUCAGGGUGGUGGGCCGGACCCGGGAGAGCGCGACUCUGACCUGGGACCCCGGGAGCGUGCCGGGGGGCUCGGGGGUCACCGUGCUGUACUCCAGGCUCGGUGAGGAGGACCUGCGGCUGCUGCACGCGGACACCCGUGGGAACCGGGUCACCAUCGCGGGCCUGGAGGCCGGCCAGCGGUACGUGGCCUGCGUCUGCCCCUCAGGGGCGCCGCCCCGGACACAGCAGUGCAUCAGCUUCGCCACGGAGGGCGGCGGCCCCUCGCACUCGGCCCUGGUCCUGGCCAGCGGGGCGGCCGGCGUGGCCGUCGUGCCCCUGACUUUCUUCCUGCUCUACAAGCUGUGCAGGCUGCGGUGCUCGCCUGAGUCCCUCGGGGAGGACGACCUGGCCAGAGAGACGUACGUCCAGUUCGAGAGCCCGGGGGAGCCGUGGGCUGGGCAGGGCUGGGACGAGUGGGAAAGGCCUCUGCUCGGUCCCCGCUCCCGCGCGGAGGCGCCAGGGGCUUACCCGGGUGCAGGGUCCGGGCCAGAGCCCCGCUGCGAAGGCCUCUGUGCCUCCCGCUCGACCGAGAGCUGA